AUGCACUUCCUGGACGGGCGGGCUGGAGCUUUCACGUUCUCAUUGAAAAAUCCUCCUCUUGUUCACGACGAGCGCAAGCCAGCAUGGCGGUCGGCGCAACGGAAGUGGUACAACAAUCGGCGACUCAUUACUCUGCAUGCGUGGAUCGUUCUCUUCAUCAUCAUCUCUUCUGCCAAUGGAUUCGACGGCAGUCUCAUGAAUAACUUUCAAUCGCUGUGGCAAUGGGAAGGCUACUUCAACAACCCGUCUGGGUCUCUCCUGGGCGCUCUUAGUGCUAUGCAGAAUAUAGGCUCGCUUGCCGCAUAUCCAUUCGCUCCGUACUUGUCUGAUGGGAUUGGACGCCGUGCAACGAUAUUUGUUGGUUCAAUCAUUACUCUCAUCGGAGUCGCCAUCCAGUCUGCCGCGCAGAAUAUUGGCAUGUUCAUCGGAGGACGUUUCCUCAUCGGGUUCGGUGUUUGCUUCGCUGCUAAUGCCGCGCCGAUGCUGGUCACCGAAAUCUCAUAUCCCACCUACCGUGCGCCUCUCACGUCUGUGUACAACUCGCUUUGGUACUCCGGGAACGUGAUCGCGUCGUGGACGACAUAUGGCACGGCUUACAUCCCUAAUGAAUGGUCGUGGCGCAUUCCGUCGAUCAUUCAGGGGAUACCGUCAAUUAUUCAAUUCUUCUUCGUUCUUCUGGCACCGGAGAGUCCUAGGUGGCUCAUAUCCAAGGGCAGAGAGGCAGAGGGCCUACAGGUCCUCGCUUACUACCAUGCCGAUGGUGACGAUCAAGACCCGCUUGUGCAGUUCGAGUUCGAAGAGAUCAGAGCCGCCAUUGCGUUUGAUCGUGAAGUAAACAAGGACGUCGGCUGGCUCAGUCUCUUCAAGACUCCUGGAAACAGAAAGCGGCUUAUCAUUGCUGUCGCCAUUGGAUGGUUCUCCCAGUGGUCCGGUAAUGGGCUUGUGUCAUACUAUCUCAAUAAGGUAUUCGACACUAUCGGAAUUACCAGUACCUCUACGCAACUGCUCAUUACUGGCAUCCUCGCUAUAUGGAACCUCGUCAUCUCAAUCGGUGCCUCGUUCCUGGUCGACAGAGUCGGACGCCGACCCCUCUUCCUCUUGGCGACCGGGGGCAGUCUUGUAUUCUUCAUUCUGCAGACCAUCUGCUCAGCGCAAUACGCGCUCCACGAGCAGCCGGCUGCUGCGCACGCUGUCAUCGCGUUCAUAUUCCUAUACUACGGAUUCUAUGAUCUUGCCUACACGCCUCUAAUUGUAACCUAUACCGUCGAGAUUAUGCCGAACUCGCUCCGGGCGAAGGGCCUCACCAUAUACAGUGUCGGCGUUUCGCUCGCAUUGAUCUUCAACCAAUAUGUCAAUCCAGUCGCCCUACAGAGGCUUGCCUGGAAGUACUACAUCUUCUACUGCUGUUGGAUCGCCUUCGAGUUCGUGUUCAUCUACUUCCUGCUCGUGGAAACCAAGAACCGCACCCUGGAAGAAACCGCGGCCUUGUUCGAUAACAAAGAUCUGGCCAAGGAAGUCGCCGAGGCUAUCGAGGGGCCUUUGCACGAGGGAGACCACAAAGGGUCCGUGUCCGAGAAGGCAUCAGAAACAGCAAUAGAGGAAGUCAUUGCCGCCUGA